AUGCAUAAACACAACGAAUCCCAAUUAAUCCUGACGGGAGUGAUAUGGUGGAUAUAUCCGCUAUUCCUGAAGGGUAUGAAAAAUAAUCGUUUGAAUUUCGACGACAUGUACCGGUGCUCACAAUACGACGCCUCCGAAUUAAUGACCGCAAAGCUCACUGACAAUCGGCUCCGGCAUAUGGUUGAGAUCAUAUCCGGUAUGCGAGUCAUCAAAAUGUAUUCCUGGGAACAGCCCUUCGCAGACCUCGUGGCUGAGGCACGA